CUCAUUAGAAUAUAGGUGAAUAAUAAAAAAGAAAAAGCCUUGGCUGAAGUGAAUUUUUCUCGGGCAAUUGUCAUCUGGUAGGGGGUAAACUUUAGCAGCAAUUUACUCCAUGCACCCCGCACUGGUGGUAGAAUAUUUACAGUGGCGACGACAGUUAUAAGCCCCUCCAAGUCCAGUGAAGUCAGCGACAUACAAAUUGAAAAGUCGUUUAUUUUCCCGCAUCAUCAAUCAAUCAACAGUGCCAUAGUACUCCAUUACCAGCGUCAUUUCUCCAACCACCUUCUCAAAAUGGCAACCGCACCGCUGCGCAUCGGCUAUGUGCCCGAGCACUUCUCUACGCCGCUCCACUUUGCCCAAAAACACUUUGGUUUACAGGCUGAGCUGAUCCCUUUCCCCUCGGGCACGGGACACAUGAUCACCGCCAUACGGGCUGGAGAGAUCGAUGUCGGUAUCGGUCUGACUGAAGGAUGGAUUGCUGGCCUGGGAAAGGAUGAUGUGAAGGAUGACGGCGGCUACCGUCUCGUGGGCACUUAUGUCGAGACGCCACUUUGCUGGGCAAUCUCAACGGGUACCGACCGCAAGGAGAUAACAUCUGUCAGCUCACUCAAGGGCGGCAAAAUCGGAGUAUCCCGCAUCGGAUCCGGCAGCUACGUCAUGGGCUUUGUCCUGGCUGACCGCGAAGGAUGGCUCCAACCCGACGUGAGCCCUUUCUCGCAGACGGUGGUGCUCAACACGUUUGAGAACCUGCGCAACGCCGUCAACUCGGGCGAGGCCGACUUCUUCAUGUGGGAGCACUUCACGUCCAAGAAGUACUACGACAGCGGGGAGAUUCGGCGGGUGGGCGAGAUCUACACGCCCUGGAGCAGCUGGAAGAUUGUGGCAUCGACCAAGCUCUCCGCGAGCGGCGAGCGGGACGCCAGGGUGACGGACCUGCUGGGCAAGCUGGAUCAGGGCAUCAAGUACUUCAACGAGAACAAGGAGGAGGCUGUCAAGUACAUCAGCACCGCCCUCGACUACUCGGAGGAGGAUGCACGCGCGUGGUUGGAAACGGUCAAGUUCCCUGCCAAGACGGAUGGCGUCAAGGCGGAAACGGUUGACAAGUGCGUCAACAUCCUGCAAAAGGCCGGGGUUUUGACCGCUGGCAAGGGAAUGGAGCCCAAGCAGAUGGUGGCUUGAAAUAUGCAGCUUGGCAGUUAAACCGGCGGCAUUGUUUUCGCACAGUUGCUUUUGCAACAGGGAGCCAUGCGGGCACGUUCUUGCACGAGGAAUAAAUGGCAGAGUAUGUGCCGCAGUCAUACGCAUUAACGCCUCAUCAACGGUGGCUAUGCCUGGAGUGAUUUUAAACUUGUCCGUAGCUUGGAGGAUGACAGUAUCACUAGUGUGCGGACGCUCCCGGUAUAAUAAGGGUUACCGGCUUAUUUCUUGGCCUGCAUGAUUUCAAUUCAAAGAGGCGGCGACUUUGUUUCUAACAACCAACAUCAGCUUGGCGUUAGGACACACGAAUAUGGUCAAUCAAAUCAUGUCACAUAUUGAAAAGCAACAUAUCAGGCGACACUGAACAUAGUACGAAG